CCCAUGCGAGUGUAGAGCUGACAGCUUGCAUACUGAUACCAGACUUAACCUUACAGCUCAGCUGGAUCAUUUUAAAACUGAAAAGUUUCUAAUAAUGGUUUUUAGAAACUAUAGCUUGGGUUGCAAUUCAGACUGAAUUUAAGACUUUCGUUUAAACCAUGUCUGGGAGGAAGAUAUCUAUUCGGAUCUGGCAACCCAGCAACUCAUGUGGGCUUGUUUUUUUAGCACCGCUGGCACAGGACGCAACGGGCUUGGCAUUUGGGACCACUCUGGUUAUAGACAAAAUAAACUAAACUAAAAAAAGAUAAUCAGCAACCCAGAUUUUGUAUCCCAACAAGAGCGUGCUAUCAGGAAUAUCAAAACUAGUGAUCUAAAGAGUCUGACAAAUGGAGCCUAUAUGUGCCACUGGAGUAGCUGCUCGACUGAGGAGUGAGUGGGAUCGCAGUGAAGGUCUUGGUCAGAAUGAUAGGGCUCUGAAGUUCUACGGGCAAGACUUUGAGUCCCUGCGUGCCAGCUGCCUUCAGAGUAGACGUUUAUAUGAGGAUGAAACCUUCCCAGCCAAACCUUCAUCACUAGGAUUCAAGGAGUUGGGACCGGGCUCUGCUAAAACCAAAGGAGUUUGCUGGAUGAGACCCACAGAAUUCUGUACUGACCCACACUUCAUUGUAGACGGAGCCACUCGCACGGACAUCUGCCAAGGAGCUCUAGGGGACUGCUGGCUACUGGCGGCCAUUGCUUGUCUUACUCUGAACGAGCCAUUGCUGCGCCGUGUGGUACCUCAUGGCCAGAGCUUCCAUCAGCAAUACGCUGGAAUCUUUCACUUCCAGUUUUGGCAGUUUGGGGAAUGGGUAGAUGUAGUGAUCGAUGACCGUCUGCCGGUGAGAGAUGGGAAACUUCUGUUCGUCCACUCAGCUGAAGGGGCUGAGUUUUGGAGUGCACUAGUGGAGAAAGCAUAUGCCAAGUUAAACGGUUGUUACGAGGCGCUUUCGGGAGGCUGCACCUCUGAGGGGUUUGAAGACUUUACUGGUGGUGUUACAGAAAUGUAUGAAUUAAAGAAAGCUCCAGGCAACCUCUUCAGCAUCAUCCGCAGAGCUGUAGAAAGAGGCUCUUUAAUGGGCUGCUCUAUAGAUAUUACAGGGUUCUUUGACAUGGAGGCAGUUACCUUUAAAAAGCUGGUGAAAGGCCAUGCUUACUCAGUUACAGGGGUUGAAGAGGUGGAUUUGAAAGGAAAACCCAUAAAAUUGAUUCGCAUCCGGAACCCCUGGGGAGAGGUGGAAUGGACUGGAGCCUGGAGUGACAAUUCCAAAGAGUGGAACGGGAUCGAACCUUCUGUAAGGGCACGUCUGCAUAAUUGCCAGGAAGACGGAGAGUUCUGGAUGUCAUUCAGUGAUUUCAUAAAAGAGUUCAGCAGAUUGGAGAUCUGUAAUCUGACAGCAGAUGCACUCCAAAGCAGUGAGCUGAAGAAGUGGAACUCGUCGCUGUACCCAGGAGAGUGGAGAAGAGGCAGCACGGCUGGAGGCUGUAGAAACUACCCAGCUACUUUUUGGAUCAAUCCCCAGUAUAAAAUCGUACUAAAGGACACAGACACUGAGGGCCAAGACGGCUGCAGUUUUUUGGUGGCUCUCAUGCAGAAGGAUCGGAGGCUGUUGCGUCAGGAGGGCAAAGACAUGGAAACGAUUGGAUACGCCAUUUAUGAGGUUCCCAAAGAGUUUCUGGGCAGCACAGCUAUGCACCUGAAGCGUGAAUUCUUCCUCAAGCACACGUCCACCGCUCGCUCCGAGCUGUUCGUCAACCUACGGGAAGUGAGCUCACGCUUCUGUCUGCCUCCAGGAGAGUACAUCAUCGUUCCCUCCACCUUUGAGCCACACAAAGAGGGCGAUUUUGUGUUGAGGGUUUUCUCUGAAAAAGCCACAGAGUCUGAGGAACUUGAUGAUGAGCUUUCUGCAGAUCUACCAGAGGAGCCUGUACUACAGGAGAGUGAGAUUGAUGAAGGAUUCAAAGCUCUUUUCAUCACGCUGGCUGGAAAGGAAAUGGAGCUUGAUAUCCCAAAGCUGCAGAUUAUUCUGAAUCGUGUUGUAAGCAAACACAAAGAGUUAAAAACAAAUGGUUUUGAGAAGGAGGCUUGCCGAAGCAUGAUCAGCCUUCUGGAUACAACUGGAAAAGGAAGGUUGGGCUUAACAGAUUUUCAUCUGCUAUGGGAGAAGAUUAAACGAUAUCUUACUGUGUUUAGAGAUUUUGACUUGGACAAGUCGGGCACCAUGAACUCCUAUGAAAUGCGCCUGGCUUUAGAAGCCGCAGGUUUCAAGCUGACGAACCACAUUUUCCAAUUAAUAAUCUUGCGGUACGCUAAGCCAGACAUGAACGUAGACUUCGACAGCUUUGUGACCUGUCUGAUCCGUCUGGAGAGCAUGUUCAAGACAUUUCAAACCAUGGACACAGAUGCAGAUGGAGUGGUGUCCUUCAGUUUCUCCCAGUGGAUCUCCCUUACCAUGUUUACAUAGAGAAACGCUUUUCAUUUUUCAACACACGUAAAUCUCAAGCAUGUCAAAGAUGGUGCUGUUGAGUCUUCAUCCAGUUUUCAGAGGGAAAAACUACUGCCUGUAUUGGAAAUGCUUGUGCACUGAGCUGUCUUAACUAGACCCGAUUUCUCUGUGAAACUCUGGCAUUAUCUGCAUUUUAUUUUUAACUAAUUAAUCCUAUUUUUUAGCAUUUAUAACCUUUUUUUGUCUUCCAAUAUAUACCAACUAUUCAUUGGAAUAAAAUGAAAUAAAAAGUUAAA